ACUUUUACCCUAAUCUCUAAGGUACACAUGUAAAAAGACAACUUCCGGUUUGCCUGCUGCUGACCGAGCCAGUUAGUGCUAGGUAAAAAACAUGGCUGAUGUGAAUAAAUUGGUAUUUUCCAUUGUCAAAUUCUUAAAGGACCAAACGACACAGGAAAAUUUAUCAGAAGAUUCUAUAGAGAGUCUAGAAGUUGCCAUCCAGUGUUUGGAGUCUGCCUACAAUAUAGACACCCAGGAUGAGUCACAUAUUGCUAGAUAUCAAGUACAGAGGAAUCUUUUAGACAUUUUCAAUUCACAAAUAAGCUCAGAGCCUGAAUCAGAAUUUUCCACUCUUUCACUACAUGAACCCACUCCAGAAGAAAAAGAACAAGCUGAGAAGUUAAAGAAUGAAGGAAAUAAUUUCAUGAAAGAAGAGAAAUUUUCAGAUGCUUUAGAAUGCUAUUCACAGGCAAUAAAACUUGAUAAUAAAAAUUCAGUUUAUUAUUGUAACAGGGCAGCUGCUUAUAGUAAGCUGAAUAAAAACAUACAAGCUAUCGAAGAUUGUGAACGAGCAUUGAACAUUGAUCCUCAGUAUUCUAAAGCAUAUGGAAGAAUGGGCAUUGCAUAUACAGCAUUAAUGGAUCAUGAGAGUGCUAGAGAAUGCUACAGAAAAGCAUUAGAACUAGACCCAACUAACCAGUCAUACCAAAACAACCUAGAAAUAGCAGAGCAAAAGUUAAAGGAAGCAGCCAUGCAGGCUGGAUUUAACAUGGGACCUAUGGGAAUGGGAAACAUGGAUUUUGGACAGAUGUUGAAUAAUCCUGCUCUCAUGAAUAUGGCCCAGUCAAUGAUGCAGAACCCAAACAUGCAACAAAUGAUGGCCAACUUCAUGUCAUCAAUGUCAGGUGGUGUACCGUAUAUCCUUUUUUGCGUGGGGAAAGGGCCAGGGAGGUCCAAAGGGGUAGAUGGGAAAGUUUUUAUUUUGCUUUCCAGAGGUCAGCAAUUAGCCCAACAAAUGGAACAAACCAACCCUGAGUUAGUGGCACAGCUACGGUCACAGUUUGGUAGAGGCCCACCCCCAGGAAGUGACCCUGGACAACAAAAUGGUGAUAACGAACCUCCAAAAUGACAACAUAAAACUUAGAUUCUAGAUUUAAUUUGAAAAAGGGAAAACUUCAGAAGGGCAUGUUUAAAACGCCAUUUCAGAAUGAACAUUAACGAAAACAUGUUGCUCUAGAUAUGGAAGAAGAUAUAAUGAGGGAGUAAGAUUUUUUUUUCAAUUUUAAAAUUGAAAGGAACAGAGUAUAUUGUUUUGUAUGUGUAUAAAAAAAUAAUUGAUCAAAUUGUUUCUGUUCUAAUUAUCAUAAACAGUAAUUUCAUGCAAUUCCUGAUUUAUUUUUAUACA